GGAAGUCGCUCGGGCUGGUCGCACGUGCCGCCAUGGCAACCGCCGGCUCGCCGCUCCCGCUGCUCCGCACUUUGGGCCAGGCCGCCUCGCGGGCCCGGGGCUGCUGCGGCUGCUGUCGCCGCCACCCUCCGCUGGCAAUGCCGCCGCCGCCGCUCCUGAGGGGCGCCCGGCGGCUCCACCUCACCGCUCCCAGGAAUGAAGCUGUUGUCAUUUCUGGGAGAAAGCUGGCACGGCAGAUUAGACAAGAAGCCCGUCAUGAAGUGGAGCAGUGGGUCGCAGCUGGUAACAAAAGGCCCCACCUCAGCGUGGUUCUAGUUGGUGAAAAUCCUGCAAGCCACUCCUACGUACUGAACAAAACCAGAGCGGCAGCCGAUGUAGGAAUCAGCAGUGAAACAAUUCUGAAGCCAGCCUCUGUCACCGAAGAGGAGUUGCUUGAUUUAAUCAUUAAACUAAAUCAUGAUGCCAAUGUUGAUGGCCUGCUGGUGCAGCUGCCUUUACCUGAGCAUAUUGAUGAGCGAAAGGUCUGCAAUGCUGUGAACCCUGAGAAAGAUGUGGAUGGUUUCCAUGUUGUGAAUGUGGGUCGGAUGUGCCUGGACCAGUACUCCAUGCUGCCAGCAACUCCUUGGGGUGUGUGGGAGAUCAUCAAGAGAACUGGAAUCCCAACCCUGGGUAAGAAUGUUGUUGUGGCUGGUCGAUCGAAGAAUGUUGGGAUGCCCAUUGCGAUGCUCCUGCAUACUGAUGGCAGGCAUGAACGCCCUGGAGGAGAUGCAACAGUAACAAUCUCUCACCGCUUCACUCCAAAAGAAAAGCUCAAACAGCACACAAUUCUUGCUGAUAUUGUGGUUGCAGCUGCAGGUAUUCCUAAUUUGAUUACAGCUGAUAUGAUCAAAGAGGGAGCUGCAGUUAUUGAUGUUGGCAUAAACAGAGUUCAGGACCCUGUUACUGCAAAACCAAAACUUGUCGGAGAUGUGGAUUUUGAAGGAGUAAAGCAGAAAGCCAGCUACAUCACUCCAGUCCCUGGUGGGGUCGGCCCCAUGACAGUUGCUAUGCUUAUGAAAAACACCAUCAUUGCUGCAAAGAAGAUGUUGAGGCCCCAGGAGCUUGAAGCACUGAGUGUUUAAUGUUGGACUUCUAGUGGCACCAGAAACAUUCCGAAUCGCCUCCCCUCGCCCCCCAACCACAGGCCAAAAGCAAUGCAAUGUUUAUUUAUUGGAUGGAAAAUUCAUUGAAGAGUCAUGCUGGAAUAUUUAUUUAAAGCAGUUGUGUUCCAAGGCAAAGUGUCUGAUGCAGUGCGUUCUGUAUGGCUCCUACAAUUUAAAUUGCUCCAUUGAAGUGUGGGAGCCAAGUGUGUGAUUAGAACGCAGAGGAUGAAUAUUAUCUUUAAAAUCCAGCAUGGAGGUGUAACAAAGGGCCAAGAAUAUGUGUGCAUAGAACAAAAUGUUUUAGUGGGUACGUGAUGCAAUGUCAACUAAUCGACCUCAACUGAACCCAAGAGAUACUAUGUUGACUGCUAAGAUUAUAAUGCAGCUAUUCUGGAGUCAGAUGUUACUAGUAUUUUCUACAAAGCCUUAUUUAUAUGUAAUUUUAGUAGCUCUUCUAACAAAGCAGAUUAUAGCUUGUUUCAGUACUCCAAUCCCACACAUUUUUUAAAAAAUAUGGAAUGGUCUUAAAGCUAGCCAACACUUAGUCAUAACAUUAUAAACUUGGGUGAGGUUCUCCAUGCCUAUUGAAGCUUGCUUAGUCGUUACGUUGGCAGUUAAUAAAUACUGCAGGAUGUGUUGGAAUAAAAACGAUCCAUAUAUCA